UCCAUGGAGGACACUACUUCCAUCCUGCCUCGCCUGAAGAGGAACUCUUCCAACGCCUACGGGAUCGGUGCCCUGGCUAAGUCCUCUCUGUCAGGUGUGUCAGGCGUGACCCGCUCCAUGAAGGACAAGGUGACCAAGCCCACAGCCAUGGCCCAGGGCCGUGUUGCUCACAUGAUCGAGUGGCAGAGCUGGGGCAAGCCGUCCGCGGGGCCGGAGGGGGGUGCGGGCCGUAGCAACCUGCAGAGGGAGAGGGAAAGGAGGAUGGAGAAUGACGCCUACAGUGACCUCAGCGAUGGAGAAAAGGAGGCGCGCUUUGCUGCAGGUAUCAUGCAGCAGUUUGCCAUCUCCGAGGCCACUCUGUUUGGUUGGAACUCUAUGGAUGGAGACAGUAUUGGAGCCGGCUCCAACCAGGGCAGCGUGGCCCAUCUCAGCGAGGUCAACCAGGAGAGCAUCACCAGCAGAGACCAGGUUCUCCACCAUUCCUCUGCGGACAUGUGGCCUCACACCUACGUCUCCCAAGGCCUCUACUGCUUGUCGUCCUCUGACGCCUGGGACCCCAUCACCAGCCAGCCCUCGGGCGUGGCCUCGCCGGACACAGGGUCUUACAUCAUGGCUGCCGGUGGCAGCAGUGGUGCUGGGGGUACCCCCGGUGAGGGGUUCGAGGGUACUGUAGGAACUUACCUCCAGCAGCACCAGGCCCAGCUCACCCUGCAACACCAGAACCAACUACAACAUCUUCAGCAGUUCCAACACUACCAACAGCAACAGCUGCUGCAGUACCAACAGCAGUCUAUGGAUCCCAGGCUCCACAGUGCCUCUCAUUCGCUCCAAGCCACCCCCAACAGCACCAUCCACAGUCUGGGUCCACCCACACACCCCCGUCUGGCUGACCUAUGGGGGGCAGCGCAGGUGGAGAUUGUUGGGCAGCUGAGUGGACAAAUGGGGGACUUGGUUGGAGGCGUGGUAGAGACGGUAGGCGAAGAGCCAGAGCCGGAGUCUGAAGGUAUAUCAGAGCAACAGGAGGAGGAGGAAGAGGACGAGGUGACAUUAACCUUGGAGCCGGAGCCAUGUUCCCUGACCCCGUCUCCUCUGCGGGAGGAGGCUUCUCCCUCAACGGGAGGCGUGAGCCCCGGGCUGCCGGCGCCGACCGCCGACCCCUCCGCCAACCGGAUACCGUUCGAUGUAACACCCUGCGUCAUCCAAUCACUGGAGGAGAAGGACGAGGAGGCGGAGGAAGGCUCCGUUGUCGUCGUGGCGACCAACUGACGGGCGUCGUCCUGACGCUGGGGUUGUGGUCAGACAGAGACUGAUGUGAACAGGAAGUAAAUAU